AAUAAUUCUCAAUAUAAACUUUUAUGUAUAUGAAAUCUUUCCAGAAAACAAGACCUAUUUAACUAGAAGUCCAUCCUUACCCGAAGAGUCUUCAAGUAAGGCACGUGCGUUAUUUAUUGACUCCAUUCUUAAGCCAGAAUAUCGACCCUUGGGUUUAACUUCUUGGUCCUCUGAACUCUCAUCUGAUGACCAUCAAACAUCGACUUCUUUCCCUGGUCCCUCCGCUUCGACCUCCUCACUUUUUAGUCUGGUAACUCAAGAUCCAGGAGGAUUCUUGUCGUCAGCUUAUGAGAAAAUGUUUCGACCCUUUCCCGGAACACUAUGUUCCCGAUUCGGGUUUCCCUUUUACAAUCCCACAACCCCCUGUUCUAGUAAGUCUGGAUUUUCUGUUUUGUCCGAGCCUGACACCAUAGUCAACCCCAUAGCUGCUGGUGAUGUUUUUUCUUGCGUCAAAUGUAACAAAAUGUUUAGUACCCCCCACGGUCUGGAGGUGCACGCGCGCCGAUCCCACAGUGGCAAGAGACCUUUCGCCUGUGAACUCUGUAAUAAAACCUUCGGUCACGAAGUAAGUUUGAGUCAGCAUCGUGUCCUCCACACGGCAGAGAAGAGUUUCCAAUGCAAGCAGUGCGGGAAGACUUUCAAGAGAUCGUCCACUCUGUCCACUCACCUGUUGAUCCACUCGGACACCAGACCUUAUCCAUGUCAGUACUGUGGAAAACGGUUUCAUCAGAAGUCAGACAUGAAGAAACACACUUAUAUCCACACAGGAGAGAAGCCUCACAAGUGUGGUAUAUGUGGUAAAGCGUUCAGCCAGUCGUCCAACUUGAUCACCCACAGUAGAAAGCACACUGGUUUCAAACCUUUCUCCUGUGACGUCUGUGGGCGCGCCUUCCAGCGGAAGGUGGAUCUCCGACGUCACAAAGAAACUCAACACAUAAGAAGCCCAGCAGUUACACCAGUAGGAGGAAACGGAUGUGACGCAAAGUAACUUAUUGCAGCCAAUAAGAACUUGGCUUUUGAUGUUACGCUACUACUUUGUCAAGUACGACUGAGUAACGAAACAUAACAGAAACUUAUGAUGUUAAUAGAGUAUACAACGUCAGGUUAUAGCUAUUUAUAUAUAUAUAUAUAUAUAAGAAAUGUAUAUGUCAGUGUGGUGACUAAAUAAAGUUAGACUUGGUCAAA